GCGACUGCGCGCUCCCGGGCCAGCGGGCGGGAGCCGCGGAGGGACCCCGGCUGCGCUCUGUCGAGCUGGCCGGGUGCGCCCGGAACUGCCCCCCUGCGCAGAGCGGGACCCGACAUGACCGUGAUGCCAGUUUGGCCAGAGCCCCGCCGCCUCGGGGAUGCAGCAACUUGGUGAGGGGCACAGGGCUGCGGACUAGACUGCUCCAGAGCUGGGCGCUCCCGCCGGAGGGCUCUCGGAGUGCUGGUCUCGGCCCAGAGGCGAGGACAACCUCAGGCCGGCGGGUGGGACCAGUGGCACCGCCGUGGGACAGGUAGAGUGAGUCUGAGGCCAGUGGAUGAACAGGCAGAAGCUGAGAAAUCCCCCAAAAGGAUGCGUGAGAGCGCCGCGUGGAACUGGAGCACAGGCGGCUGGCUGCUGGCACUCUGCCUCGCCGGGCUGUGCACCCUCCUGGCCUCGGCUUCCUUGCAGUCUCUUACUGCCACAGUCCCCGUGAAGCAGGGCACCUGCGAGGUGACAGCUUCUCAUCGCUGCUGCAACCGGAACCGCAUUGAGGAACGCUCCCAGACUGUCAAGUGCUCCUGCUCCUCUGGCCAGGUGGCUGGCACCACCCGGGCAAAGCCCUCCUGCGUGGACGCCUCCAUCGUCCUGCAGAGGUGGUGGUGCCAGAUGGAGCCCUGCUUGCCCGGGGAGGAGUGCAAAGUGCUCCCGGACCUGUCGGGGUGGAGCUGCAGCAGCGGACACAGAGUCAAAACCACCAAGGUGACACAAUAGGUGUUGGGGUCACCGCAUGGGCAGGACAGCUUGACUGGUCUGUGGACUGAAGCAUGGUGUCCAGUUAUCGGCCAGCAAACGUGGAGGUUCCCCUGCCUGGACACGCACCCCGUGCCACACACAGCGUCACUUUCUCCAGGGGCAUUUCAGCUAAGCUGCUGAGAGGAUGUGGACACAUCUCCAGCCACAUACCUAGUGUUGUGCUGGGCUCUCCCUGGGCACACAGAUGAAGGUCAAGGUACAAGGCCUGCCUUCAAGGGAUGGCCAGUCAAGCUGGAGAGUUGACGGACGACAAUCUAGAUCAUUUAGACUAAAGCGUGUGGUGCCAGACUGUGGCUUCCAGGUCAUGGCCUGUGGGCAUGUGGGGGUUUGGGGAUGAUAUUCCCACAGCUCUCCAGCCACCCCUGGCCACAGGGCACAGAGGCCAGAGGUCAUGUUCGCCACCCACGACUCCCCUCGUUCACAUAAGCCCAAAUCCCCAGCAAGCCGCUGACGUGCUGGAGGAAGACAUUCACCCCCACGCCAGCCUGGCUGUACCUCCUUUGGCUUGACUUGGGGACAAAAGGUGGAGAUGGAGCCAGACUGGCCAGCGAAGCUUCUGCAGGGGCGCCCCUGGUUUCUGGGCCGUUCCUUGGGUAGAGGAUGGACAGGACCUUCACUCGGCCGCCAUCCAAACACCUUGAGCUUUUGUUUGCUUGUUUGGACAGAUGAGGACAAGUCCCAGAGAGGAGAGGAGGCUCGCCCGAGGCCUCACAGCCUGGACCUCCGCUGACCUUCCCACUUAGCCUGCAAGUGGGAAUUUAACCUGGGCCUUCCUUGCUGCUUUUGUCUCAAGAACAGGAACCUUCAAAGAACUGGCUGCUCAGCCGCAAUAUUUUUCUCGGGAGAGCCUAGGGCAGGAACUUUUACCGAGCGAGGUCCCUGCUGUCCCAUCUGAAAUAAAACUGAAUUCCUACA